AUGGCGCAUUAUCUUGGACUUGAGCUCGCAACGGAACACGUACGCGCGACAGUUGUCGAUGAAGGACUGGAUAUAGUGUUUAGCGCUGCAGUUGAAUUCGAUACGGACCUUCCUGAGUUCCAGACGCGAGGCGGACUUUUCACUGCACCUGGAGAUGUAUGUACAACGAGCGUGGAGAUGUGGCUCAAGGCGCUAGAUAUACUAUUGUCCAAGCUUAAGACUGGCGUCGACCUUGCCCGGAUACGCGCUGUAGGAGGGUGUGCUCAGCAUGCAGCUGUCUGGUGCACUGCCGCUGCCAAAUCUCAUAUGUCCGGCCUCGAUCAUACCAAGACUUUACACGCGCAACUGGGCAGCCCAUCGACACUCGCACUCGUUCAUACCCCCGUUACCCAAGAUACCUCGACCGCAUCCCAGGCACGCACGAUCGAGACAGCACUCGGAGGCCCAGAUGCGCUAGCCCAGAGACUAGGCACUGCCACACCUACUACAGCUGCCCAAGCAAUCAAGAUCCGUGAAGGCAACCCCGACGCGUGGACCCAUACCUCGCACGUUGUCCUCGCAAGCGCGUUUUUAGCAAGUCUGUUCGUCGGAGAUUGGGCUCCGGCUACCGAGGCUGAAGCUGUCGCGACUGGCUUCUGGAAUGUGGAGCGUGGUGGUUGGGACGAGGAGGUUCUGGAGUUGGCUGGUGGUGGGAGCAAGGAAGAAGGACAAAGGCUCAAGGAGAUGUUGGGUGCUGUGUGCCCAUCUGGUACGACAACGGUUGGAACCAUCAGCACGUACUUCUGCCAACGAUAUGGAUUCAGUCCCGAGACACCAGUAGCACCAUUCACAUCCGAUCAUCUGGCCACCUACUUAUCCCUAUCAGCUUGCCUUUCAUCUUCCCCAUCGCAAACCACCCCAGAUGCUAUUCUUGCUUUCGGCCCUACGGACGUACUCCUUUCUCCAGUGCCCAGCUCUGCUCCAUCUCCACCUCCCCGUUCACGGCACUAUACCCUCCUACCCCACCCUUGCACACCCAAAUCGUACAUUACCGUUCUUGCGUCGCGUAAUGGUGACGUUCCUCGCGCACUGGUCCGAGACAUGUACACCAAGUCAUGGGCCGCGUUCGACAGACUCGUUAGCGUUGUCCCGCCUGGUGGUGCCAUUGGUCUCGACGACAAACUUUUCAGUUUCUGGCUGCUUCAACCCGAGGGCCCACCGUUCGAGCACGUCAAGGGUAUCUAUCGAUUCGAAACCGGUGUCAAGGUCAACGAAUUCAGAGACCUACGCGCCAAUCCCAGGCAAGUCCUUGUCUAUCAAUAA